AGCGCGCCGGGAACAAGAUAGGACCCCGUCGCGUUCAUGUCCCUCUGGUCCUUGAGCCGGUGCAGACGGCGAAGCAAUGGCCUUGAGGUUUCUAAGACUUGUUCCGGCGUCGGCGCCCGCGCGCGGCCUCGCGGCGGGAGCCCAGCGCGUGGGACGAAUUCACACCAGUGUGCACUGCAAGCUGAGGUAUGGGCUUUUGGCCUCCAUUCUUGGUGAUAAGACAACGAAAAAGCUGCAUGAGUACAGCCGAGUGAUAACGGUAGACGGGAACAUAUGCUCUGGGAAGAACAAGUUGGCCAGGGAGAUCGCAGAGCAGCUAGGCAUGAAGCACUUUCCAGAAGCAGGGAUACAGUACUCAAGCAGCACCACAGGUGACGGAAGGCCCCUCGACAUAGAAUUUGCUGGCAGCUGUAGUUUAGAGAAAUUUUAUGAUGAUCCCAAAAGCAACGAUGGCAACAGCUACCGCCUGCAGUCCUGGUUGUACACCAGCCGCCUCCUGCAGUACUCAGACGCCCUGGAGCACCUGCUGAGCACAGGACAAGGUGUGGUCUUGGAGCGCUCCAUCUACAGUGACUUUGUCUUCCUGGAGGCAAUGUACAACCAGGGCUUCAUCCGAAAGCAGUGUGUGGACCACUAUAAUGAAGUUAAGCGGCUCACUCUCCCGGAGUACCUGCCACCACACGCUGUCAUCUAUAUUGAUGUGCCUGUGCCAGAGAUACAGAGCAGGAUCCAGAAGAAAGGAGAUCCGCAUGAAAUGAAGAUUACCUCUGCCUAUCUCCAGGACAUCGAGAAUGCCUACAAGAAAACCUUCCUCCCACAAAUGAGUGAGAUGUGCGAGGUGUUGGUGUACAGUUCCUGGGAAGCUGAAGAUUCAACCAAGGUGGUAGAGGACAUUGAAUACCUUAACUACAACAAAGGGCCUUGGCUUAAACAGGAUGAUCGGACCUUUCACAACCUGCGGAUGCUGAUUCAGGAUAAGACAGAAGUGCUAAAUUACACAGCCAUCCCGGUCUACCUCCCAGAAAUCACUAUUGGAGCUCAUCAGGGCAGCCGGAUCUACAACAGCUUCAGAGAGCUGCCAGGCCGCAAGUACGCCCCUGGGUACAAUGCCGAGGUGGGUGACAAGUGGAUCUGGCUGAAGUGAAUGGUCCCCCUCUGCCUAGCUGUGUCACGGCCAUGAAGAUGUCUGCUCUGCCCAACUCUAUGAACUCCAGAGCUUUACAUGACAACAGGAAAAAACAAAUGAUCAAGAAAUUGCCAGAAAAAAAAAAUGAUCUAACAAAAAGAGUCUGGCCCAUGCCUAGUCAAAGUUGAAAGAAUCAGCUUCCACUGAAAAGGUUCUGGAACCUUCUAGUGUUGUUUUGGAAUCAUCUGGGGAAAAAACAAAACACAGUUGGUCUGCUGAAAGCCCAGCUUCCACUGGAAGCCCCACCGUGUCCUGUGCUGUUUCCUUGAGCUCUCCCAACUUGAAGAAAUAAAGCCUGCUCUGUAGCUCCUCCUC